CAGUGUCAAGGUCUUCUCUUCUGGCGCUGCUCGUUUGGUUGGGAGGAUCUGCAGGUCUCUGUGCAGCUCUCAGUUGGUGUGUUUUUUUUCACUGUUUAAUAUUUUUGAUCUGUUGGGCUCUGUUGCUUCUCAGUGUUUUGCUAUCCGUUGUUCGUCGUUCGGCUGAACGUUAUUAGUCUUUGGACUAUUCGGAAACGGGAAGUUUGACCGAAUUUGAACCCUGGUCGAUUGGAUUGUUCCGGUGUAGUGUGUUCGAUUCGAGUGGUUCCUGGUGUAACGAAUUCGAAUUAAUGCAGCUGAAGUGCUUUGGUCUGUAAAGUUUAGGUCAGUGUGACCUCGUUCCUACUUUGUGGUGGAAGGAACAUUGUUCGGGAAGAAGAUUUUAUGCGACUGGAGUCAUAAAUUAGUUACAGUGUGCAAUCCUGGAUUUGUGGAAGUGGAGUUUUUCCAACGUCCUGUGUUUUGGCUUAGUUGGGAGUUCCAAUUGGAAAUUCCCAUGACGAAUCGCCGUGAAACAAUACCAUCGUUAGGAAGAUAACCUGAUGGCACACCAAAAAAACAUCUGAAUAGUGAAAUUAUUCGGUGCGCUCCGUGAAACAUUCAGAGAGAAAUUAACUCAGACAGAAGGAGAGAGGGUGGCCCCAUAGCUCAUGACGCCUUUCGCAACAAUCGUCAGAAAAUAACGUCGAGUCAAGUCCGGAUGCUGUCCUCCGUGUCGUCAAGUGUGGGGAAGUGUGGGAUUUUUUGAAUCAUCAUGGCUUUAGUUUGGUAGUGAUGCAGACAAAGCGUUGUGCCGUACCUGAAAAGUGAAAUUGUAAAAAACCCCUUCCAAUUCGGUUCUGGCUGAUUAAGGUGUGGUAGCUUAUCGGGGAAGAUUAACGUACACUUUGGAGAUAUUUUUUCGGAAUGGUUAAACCGAUUGGUUAGUCUUCGUUGAACGAUCCCGACGUCGGGCGGGUGGAUUGAUUCAGAUUUGGAGUUUGGUGCUGAAAGUUUGUGAAGUGAUUUGUAGACCAGUGAAGAAAGUGAUCACAUUUAUUUUUAAGGUGAACCGAACUCCAGUCUGCUAAAGUAGAACGGAAACGUGGUGGAAAGUGCGCGAGAUCGUUCAAGUGAUCAACUAUUUCUCAUGCGUGAUCGGAAGCUGGGAGAUCGAGGAGCCACCCUGGUCCAAUAAUAAUGAUACCGAUUUGCGCUAACGGCGGAAUCUGCAUUAGAAGCACCAUCAUUAGCGUCGGCCAUCAUCAGCUGCCACAGACUCAUCUCAUCUCGGCAAGUGAUUAUUAAAAAUAAAAAGAGAAAAACAUCCCGCCUCGAAACCAUCUCGAAACGACAUCCGUGCUAGAAAGCGCAAGAAAAAGAAAAAUCGAUCGAUUUCCUGUCCCGAGACCAGAGAGUGUUUCUCCGUCGAGUGAGAUUUCAUCGCUGGGUCCGGUCCAGAAACUACUUUGCCCUAACUAGGUCUCCCGGUUUAUUCCUCCUUGGCUUCCCCAUCCAUAUUCAUUUACUCCGUGGCCAAACCCCAGGGCACAUGACACCCGAGAGCGAAAAACCGAGGCUGGAAGAUCUGAUGGGAAUCGCCUGAGCUGAUCAGCAUCGGCAGUGUUACUAGAGUGUAGAGUGUGUGGUGAGGUGAAUCCAGUUCGAAGGGAAAGAAAUCUCCGAUUAAAAGUAGAACAAGCGCAUCCGGUUGUUGGGUUCCAAGUUGUUGUUGGCUCCAAGUAGUUCCAAGACCAAGACCCAAGCAAACAGCAAACGUCGACCCCGGGAAUCUAACGGAGUAUCUGGCAGAGCGCCUCGAAGAACGCGACUGGCUGAUCGAAUUUGGCAGAACACCACUCUUAGGGGGUCCUAGUUGUUUUGUUUGCCAUACUCAAGUUGAGAAAUUUAGUGAAUUGUGUCUGUGUGUUCGGUUUAAGUAUUCUCGCUGCGGGAACAAGUGAAUCGAAUAGAGUUUUAAUUUUGCUUUGGACUUCUCUUUGACUGAAGUUCAUUGAGAUCCGUUAUACGAGAAGAGUUUACCCGUUUGGUGAGGCUGUUUUAAUUUAAUAAAUUUGAAAGAACAUCAAACAAAGAUGUCCAGCAAGCCCCGUCGAGGGACGGUCCGAUGGAAUAGUCCACCGCCGGCUCGGAGUCGGAAAUCGAAACAAUCCUCCGCCACUUCCAGUACCUUCCGACGGUUGCUUCCGCUGCUGCUAUCAUCUCUCACAGUUCACCUUAGCCAUCUGUUCAGUUUAGCACACGGGAACCCGUUGCAUCCAUUUAGCUCAACUCUAUCACUUGGCCGAAAUCUGCGGCAUCUGCCAUGUGUGGUGCGAAGUUCCGGGCAGGAGGGCGUUUGUAUGUUUGCCAUCGACUGUUUCAAAGCCAACGGCACCCAUCUGGGGGUGUGUAUAGACAAGAUAUUCUUCGGCUCCUGCUGCCAAGUCAAUGAUGACAACCUACUGUUCAACCACGAGAUUACUGAUAAUAGUAUAGACCAUAACCAUCACAGUAACUUUCCUGUGAUUGACACUAACAAAAAGCCAGUUAUUACUGAGACUCGUUUUCCAACGACAGCUGCACCAAAGAACGAUACAAAGUAUGAACUUGUGAGUACUUCAUCAACGACAACGCACCGAACGACUUCAAAAAUAAAUCGAAGAAACUCGACAACUUCAGCUGUCCCUUUCCGGGAUGAUGUGCCUUCAACGACUGAGUAUCAGGAGUUUUCCACAUUUCAAUUCAUUCAAAGUAGUAAAGGUCCCUCGCGAACUACUACUAAGCCAAAUGAAAAAUCUACUACGAGAAAACCGCCACAAAGAAACACGACUAAACCAAUCAAGACUAGAAGACCAACACCUUCCCGGACUAAUACAAAACGUCCAACCACUACUCAGACUGUAUUGCUAGAUACUAAGCAAAAUUCAACUGCCUUGCCGUCGGUAAAUCAGCGACCGGUAACAAGCACGGAUGCAUCUUCGACUGGAAUUUCUCGAAGACCUACGACAACUGCUGCCACUACGAUUAGAAGUACAACUGUAAAUUCGAGACGCCCAACAACCACUGCUCCGUCAUCAACGACGGCACAUGUAGAAGAGACUACUUUUCCUCCUCGAACACGACGUCCAACAACUGCUCAUCCUACGACUGCCGGUGUAGUUCCAUUGACGAGACCAACUAACCGACGAAGGCCGACACUGGCAACUUCUACAGCUGCUCCCGUUACGGAAAAUGAUACAACUAGAGCACCCAGACCACGACCUCGACCUACCUCACAAAUAGUUACAACUCCUGCAACGUCGCUUGAGCACUUGCUGGAUGAUCUAGUAUCGACGACUUUGAAAAGUUCAUCAGCUAAAGUCGAUGUAACGUAUCCAAUUACUACAGUAAAAGUAACGGAGGCAACAACGCCGACAACUACGCCCAAACCUGCAUCUAGAAAACCUACUAAAACGACAAGUACGACUCUUUCGACAACCCCAACGACUACACCUACCACAACUAGUACGACUACUGAGCAGACGACCACUUCUACUGCCGGUUCUCCAAAAACAACCGCACCUGGACGAAUAACACCUCCAGCUGACAUCGAUUACCAGCCGGAAACUUCCCAGACCGAGAACAUUGUUGACGAAACCACCACCGGAUCUGGUUUAGUUACCUGGUCCAGUAUUAGCGUUGACAGUUCCAGCGAUAAGACCGUAUCGGAGCAAGCGUCUAACCCCAUUCGCCCAUUAGCAUCGGCAGGUCCCACUACGUCAAACAGUUGGAUCCUGAUUCAUACACUAACCCCGGAAGAAGUGCUUAACUCCGGUGUCGCCGUCAAUCAGUCCACUAACCAUCAACCACAACAACCCUCAUCGGCUUCCCUGGUAGAUACAGUGCAACCGGAUCUUACUGAGGACAUUUUCAUCCCAUCGAUCGAGUCGCUCCUUCCGGAGGCUGCUUACAUUUACACCAUCCAUGACGAUUCUAACAACCAUACUCAAACCGGGGGUCAACUUGACCUAACAUCUCAUUCUCAAAUAACUUCAUCGCCAUCCACAGAGGGUACGUUGAGCUCAAUACCUUCCACAGCCGAAGUAGUGCAUGUUUCGGGUACUAGCAGCAGUACAGUUCCUAGCACGACAGCUUCCACCACAACCACCACCUCUACUAGUACUAGUCCAGCAACUUCACCAACCACAACAACCACAACAACAACCGUUAGCACCAGCUCUGUUGAUGAGCUGUUGAUUAGCUCAAGCAGUCAGACAGCGACCGCAACAGAAAGCAUUCCAACCUCAGAGCCUUCAACGACUACGACCACGCAGACGACACCAACCACGACGACAACGACGACUGAAUCAGUCUCAACCACAAAACACACGACCGCUACUCACGCUACUAGCUCUAGCACAGUCGCUACUUCCUCAUCUAGCAGCAGUAGUAGUAGUAGUAGUAGCAGCAGCACGAUCACUGACUCUACCACCGAAAAAUUGUUGUUCACUAGUUCUAGUUUCCCGUCCCUCGAAAGCACGAUGCCAACCACCGAACAGGAAAUCCCGCCGGCAACAUCAACGGUAGCACCGGAGAUCUUGAUCGAAAUCUCUGGCCCAACUACCGAAAAAGACACGGCACCCGUUCGACCGGAUUCAACGGAACCGGUCACAAUUGAACCGGUUACCGAGGUAACCACCCUGGAAGGAGAAGAAGAAGAGGAAGAAGAGGGUUCCGAAGAAGGCAGUGGAGAAAGUGAAGAAGAAUCUGGGGAAGAGGAAGAAGAGGUUUCCAGCUCAGAAACCCUGGAUACUACUUCCGAAACCAUCGUUGCAGCAACGUUGGAAUCCGACAAACUAGUCAAUACAACCGUAGCUCCUGAACUAGCCUCCUCAACCAUCAACACCACAACCGUUGUUGAAGAAAGUACCACCGUUGGAACUUCGACGACGCUCAAUAUCACAAGUUCGCUGCAAUCGAUUGCGUCGAUGUUUAACAUUACGACGUCCAGCCCUGGAGCUCCAGUGAGGUUCCCUGAAGAUAACAAGACGGCGGGGUCUACGGUUGGAUACGGUAAUGUUACCACCGUGAGGCCGACGUUGCUCGUCAAUGGUACUGAGGGAUCUGCGACGACGCUGUUGCCCGAUAGUACGAUGCCAUCGCUAGAAGAAAUCGAUUAUCGAGCUGUUUGCGGCAAGCGGAUGUUCCCGGAACCGCGAAUCGUGGGCGGAACGAAGGCCUCCUUCGGACGAUGGCCUUGGCAGAUUUCUCUAAGGCAGUGGCGUACUUCAACCUAUCUGCACAAGUGUGGGGCGGCCUUGCUGAACGAGAACUGGGCCAUUACUGCGGCUCAUUGCGUCGAUAACGUACCUCCAUCGGAUCUGUUGCUGCGACUAGGGGAAUACGAUCUGGCUCUGGAAGAGGAACCGUACGGUUAUCAGGAACGAAGGGUACAAAUUGUGGCAUCUCAUCCCCAGUUCGAUCCCCGGACGUUUGAGUACGAUUUAGCGUUGCUGAGGUUCUACGAACCGGUGGUGUUCCAGCCGAACAUCAUCCCGGUUUGUGUUCCGGAAAAUGAUGAAAACUUCAUCGGUCGGACGGCGUUCGUCACCGGCUGGGGUCGGUUGUAUGAAGAUGGUCCCCUGCCAAGUGUGCUGCAGGAAGUUACUGUCCCGGUGAUCGAGAACAAAAUCUGCGAAGCCAUGUAUCGAAGUGCUGGCUACAUCGAGCACAUCCCACACAUCUUCAUCUGCGCCGGUUGGAAGAAGGGAGGCUACGACUCCUGCGAAGGUGACUCCGGUGGACCGAUGGUGAUCCAACGAGGUGACAAGCGCUUCCAGCUGGCGGGAGUUAUUUCCUGGGGAAUCGGCUGUGCCGAAGCCAAUCAACCCGGUGUUUACACCCGGAUAUCGGAGUUCCGUGAUUGGAUCAAUCAGAUAUUACAGUUCUAGCAUACGUAAACACUAGGUAUAUAGACCAAGGUGAAGCAGUACAAUGUGUCCCAAUACCAGACUUCCGUCUGGCCCGGUACCAGAAAUGAACGUGUUCUUCCCGGAAACGGAAUAGAAACUGAAGACGAGAGAAGGAUGAUGGAACAGAGUCCGGGACUCUGGUCCGCUUGUUGAUUUGUUUUAAUCGGCUUAGGAACCUUAAGAGUAGACGAAUGAAUAUUACAAACCUCACAUUGAUCUGUCGAUGAAAUCGACCAAAACAAGGGUGCUAGUUUUUUGGGAAAUUUGUCGCCAAACAAGGUUAGAGUUGCAGCAAAUUUCAUCGAUAGAUCGAUACUACACUCCGAACAUAUCGUACUGAUUUUUAUUUUGUUUCACUAGAUAAACAACUCAAGAUAUUUCAAUAGUAUUGCAUUUCAUAAAGAAAAGAUAAGUCGCUCAAAGCAAAAACCAGUGAAAGGAAAGGAAAAACCUCAACACAAAAAGGAAACAGUACUCGUUAUACAGCUAUUUAAAAUGAAUGAAGAUUUAUUUUUUAAAACAUAUAUUUUAAAACAAUAGAACCAAUCGAAUCUAAUGCUCGUGUGAAAAUGAAUGUUUGAUGGCGUUGGAAAAUUUGAGUGCGUUUAUAAAAAAAAUCCUUAUCGAGUAUCACGUAUUAUUUUACCUAAAAUAAGGAAACCGUUCUCUAAGUUGUGAUAACUGGUUGUGAAUGAAUGUGCUUGCAUACAUACGAAUGUUAUUUAAGUCAUCCCUCAUAUCCAAUGGAGCUUAGUUUUAUGAAAUCUUAAAAAUUAUUUAUUUAUUUAUGAAAACAAAAAACAAAAAUACAUCCCCAUGCAUAGUUUAACACGGUAUCAAAUCAUUUAGGUAGAUAGGACGUUACGAUCUUUUUUGGAAAUUGAAACUCGUUAAGUUCGUUGUAGAGUGGUUUAGCAAGUUAAAAAACAAGCGGAAGGAACCAUGUCAAACAAGAUCAAACUAGGUAAAUUUGCUGCUAAUUGACGCGUUUAGAAUGAAUGUGAAUUGAAUCGAGAGUGUUUGACAAGCUGUUUGUAAAUAACUAGUUUAUAAUUAGUUCCGAAGUAGUAAUGUACGGUCUAUUUAAAUUGUGUACAAUAUUUAUGAAAAUUAAAGUAUUUUUGAUUUGACUCACUCAAA